UAGGAGGCUGGCGCGGGCGGGCGCGAGCGGCGGAGGAGCCGGGCGCGGCGAUACGCGGCCAUGGAGUGGGAGCCGGCGGCGGCUGAAGAGCCCGGGUCCCCGGGACGGCGGCGGCGGCGGCGGCGGCGGCGGCGGCGCCGGGAGUUCAGGACGCGCACGGUGCGCUCCAACCUGCUGCCACCCCCGGGUGCCGAAGACCCCGCGGCGAGCGCGGCCAAGGGCGCGCGGCGGCGGCGGCGGUGCGGGGGCUCCCAGCACCUGGCCGACAACCGGCUCAAGACCACCAAGUACACUCUGCUGUCCUUCCUGCCCAAGAACCUGUUCGAGCAGUUCCAUCGCCUGGCCAACGUGUACUUCGUCUUCAUAGCGCUGCUCAACUUCGUGCCGGCGGUGAACGCCUUUCAGCCCGGCCUGGCACUGGCGCCCGUGCUCUUCAUCCUGGCGGUCACGGCCUUCAAGGACCUGUGGGAGGACUACAGCCGUCACCGCUCCGACCAAGAGAUCAACCACCUGGGCUGCCUCGUCUUCAGCAGGGAAGAAAAGCAGUACGUGAACCGAUUCUGGAAAGAAAUCCACGUGGGAGACUUUGUGCGUCUUCGCUGCAACGAGAUCAUCCCUGCAGACAUCCUGCUGCUGUAUUCGAGUGAUCCCGACGGGCUGUGCCACAUCGAGACGGCCAACCUGGAUGGAGAGACCAACCUGAAACGGCGCCAGGUGGUCCGAGGCUUCUCCGAGCUUGUCUCCGAAUUCAAUCCUUUGACAUUCACCAGCGUAAUCGAGUGUGAGAAGCCCAACAACGACCUGACUAGGUUUCGUGGGUGCAUCAUACACAACAACGGGAAAAAGGCUGGGCUCUACAAAGAUAACCUGCUGCUUCGAGGCUGCACCAUCCGAAACACAGAAGCCGUUGUGGGCAUCGUCAUCUACGCAGGACACGAGACCAAGGCUCUGCUGAACAACAGUGGGCCCCGCUACAAGCGCAGCCGGCUGGAGAGGCAGAUGAACUGCGACGUGCUCUGGUGUGUCCUCCUCCUCGUUUGUAUGUCUCUGUUUUCGGCCGUCGGACAUGGACUAUGGGUGCAGCGCUAUCAAGAGAAGAAAUCAUUAUUUGAUGUCCCUGAGUCUGACGGCACCUCUUUAUCCCCAGUCACAGCUGCAGUUUAUUCGUUUUUGACAAUGAUAAUAGUUCUUCAGGUUUUGAUACCAAUUUCCUUGUACGUUUCCAUUGAAAUUGUUAAAGUAUGCCAAGUGUACUUCAUUAACCAGGAUAUAGAGUUGUAUGAUGAGGAGACAGACUCGCAGCUGCAGUGCCGAGCCCUGAACAUCACGGAAGACCUAGGGCAGAUACAGUAUAUCUUCUCCGAUAAAACUGGCACUUUAACCGAGAAUAAGAUGGUUUUCCGAAGAUGCACUGUGUCUGGCAUAGAAUAUUCUCAUGAUGCAAAUGCCCGGCGUCUGGCCAGGUACCAGGAGGCAGACUCGGAGGAGGAGGAGGUGGUGCCCAGAGGGGGCUCGCUGCCCCAGUGCAGCAGCACCGGGAGCCACCAAAGCAUCCGAGUUGUGCAUCGGAGCCAGAGCACCAGAUCACACCGGCGCACUAGCAGCCGUGCCGAGGCCAAGAGGGCCAACAUGCUAUCCAAGCACACAGCCUUCAGCAGCCCCAUGGAGAAGGACAUAACGCCCGACCCGAAGCUGCUGGAGAAGGUGAGCGAGUGUGACAGGUGCCUGGCCUUUGCAAGGCAUCAGGAGCACCCACUGGCCCACCUCUCACCUGAGCUGUCUGACAUUUUCGACUUCUUCAUUGCACUCACCAUCUGCAACACAGUGGUGGUCACGUCCCCGGAUCAGCCGCGACAAAAGGUGAGGGUGCGCUUCGAGCUGAAGUCCCCGGUGAAGACAAUAGAAGAUUUCCUCCGGAGGUUCACGCCCAGCCGCCUGGCCUCGGGCUGCAGCAGCAUUGGGAGCGUGGCCACCAACAAGUCGGCGCACAAGUCCAGCCUCUUGUCCACGCUGGCCAACGACGGCACGCUGUUCCGGCUGGAGGAGAGGCUGGGCCCGCCGGCCCCAGGCCUCGCCAGCAAUGGCUACAGCAACGGGGCAGACGGCUGGGCACCUGAGUGCUCAGUACAGGAGCCUGAGCCUGAGCGGGAGCUGCGCUACGAGGCCGAAAGCCCCGACGAGGCAGCGCUCGUCUAUGCCGCCCGUGCCUACAGCUGUGCGCUCGUGGACCGACUGCACGACCAGGUGUCGGUAGAGCUGCCCCAUCUGGGCAGGCUCACCUUCGAGCUCCUGCACACGCUGGGCUUCGACUCCAUCCGCAAGAGGAUGUCGGUGGUGAUCCGGCACCCACUCACGGACGAGAUCAACGUCUACACCAAGGGGGCUGACUCGGUGGUCAUGGACCUCCUGCUACCCUGCUCCACAGAUGACGCCAGAGGAAGGCAUCAAAAGAAGAUCCGGAGCAAGACUCAGAACUACCUCAACCUGUACGCGGUGGAGGGCCUGCGCACCUUGUGCAUCGCCAAGAGGGUUCUGAGUAAGGAAGAGUAUGCCUGUUGGCUGCAGAGCCACUUGGAAGCGGAAUCCGCCCUGGACAACCGCGAGGAGCUCCUGUUUCAGUCUGCCAUUCGCCUGGAGAGGAAUCUGCAUCUGUUGGGUGCUACUGGGAUUGAAGACCGCCUGCAGGACGGAGUCCCUGAAACCAUUGCUAAAUUGCGUCAAGCAGGCCUGCAGAUUUGGGUUCUCACCGGUGACAAACAGGAAACAGCCAUUAACAUCGCUUACGCCUGCAAACUGCUGGACCACGAAGAGGAAGUCAUCACCCUGAAUGCCGAAUCCCAGGAGGCGUGUGCAGCCCUGCUGGACCAGUGCCUACACUAUGUGCAGUCCAGGAGCCCCCACAGUUCUGCCGACAAGACCGCUGGCGGCGUGAGCGUGGGCUUCUCCCCCCUCUGCCCUCCUUCUGCAGCCGCCAUCUCUGGCCCCAGCCCCAGCCUUGUGAUCGAUGGGAGAAGUCUGGCUUAUGCCCUCGAGAAAAACCUGGAGGACAAAUUCCUUUUCCUUGCUAAGCAGUGCCGGUCUGUCCUUUGCUGUCGCUCAACUCCCCUGCAGAAGAGCAUGGUGGUGAAGCUGGUCAGGAGCAAGCUCAAGGCCAUGACUCUGGCCAUAGGAGAUGGAGCCAAUGACGUCAGCAUGAUCCAGGUGGCAGACGUGGGCGUGGGACUCUCAGGCCAGGAGGGCAUGCAGGCAGUGAUGGCCAGUGACUUCGUGGUGCCCAAAUUCCGAUACCUCGAGAGGCUCUUGAUUGUUCAUGGACAUUGGUGCUAUUCCCGAGUUGCCAACAUGGUGCUGUACUUCUUCUACAAAAACACAAUGUUCGUGGGCCUGCUGUUUUGGUUCCAGUUUUACUGUGGCUUCUCUGCGUCCGCCAUGAUUGACCAGUGGUAUCUGAUCUUCUUUAAUCUGCUCUUCUCAUCGCUUCCCCAGCUUGUGACUGGGGUGCUAGACAAGGACGUGCCGGCUGACGUGCUGCUGACCAAGCCGCAGCUCUACAAGAGCGGCCAGAACAUGGAGGAAUAUCGGCCUCGUAUGUUCUGGUUGAACAUGGCUGAUGCUGCCUUCCAGAGCCUCGUGUGUUUUUUCAUUCCCUACCUGGCCUACUACGACUCAGACACAGACAUGUUCACCUGGGGGACCCCCAUCACCGCCAUUGCGCUGUUCACCUUCCUUCUGCACCUGGGUAUAGAAACCAAGACCUGGACCUGGUUCAACUGGAUGGCUUGUGGCUUCAGUAUCCUUUUAUUUUUCACCGUGGCUUUGAUUUAUAAUGCUUCCUGUUCAGUGUGCUACCCUCCAUCCAACCCCUAUUGGACCAUGCAGACAUUAAUGGGCGACCCUGUGUUUUACUUCAUUUGUCUCAUAGCACCCGUCGCCGCACUGCUGCCCAGAUUGUUUUUCAAAGCCCUGCAGGGGAGCCUUUUCCCCACCCAACUGCAGCUGGCACGCCAGUUGGUUAGAAGGUCCCCCAGGAAACUCAGGGCUCCCAAAGAGACCUUUGCUCAGGGACACCUCCCAGGAGAACCAAGGACGGAACCGUCAGAACAGAGGAGCAUCAGUGCCUCGGGGUCCGUCUCCCAGGACUGUAGCUCACAGGUGUUUUGGCACGCACAGCAGUCGGCCUGCUCCCCAGAGGCCAGUGGGGAGCCCAGCAUGGUGGACAUGGGCGUGUCUCUGAGGGAGGACACCCUGCUGGAAGGGCUGGGCAGCCAGACCUCGGGGUCCUCCUCACCAGGGGAGGUGAUCCCGGAAGGCUGUCCAGGGGACUCCAAGAUGAAACCCACGAGUGCCAGCAGGGCAGCUGCCCUGUCGUCCAUCUUCAGCCUGCCCAGCCUCAGCUCACUCAACUGGAUUUCCUCCCUCUCUCUGGUCAGCGGGCUGGGAAGCGUCCUACAGUUCUCUCGAAGGUUUACAGAUGGACAAGCGGGACAGCGAGUUCCUACCCAGUCCCCCUCAGCCAGACCAGGACCUGCAAGGCUUGAGUGGGCAGACCACGGACUACUUCUAGGACCUCCUUCCAGGGACUACAGCUGGCGGUGGCAGCGGUGAAAACCUCGAAAUGCUUUUUUUAUAACAUAGAUGUUAAUAUUAUUUAUGUUUAUUAUUUGCACAGAAGAGUUCUAGUGAGAUGUAUUUUAUAUAUUUCCAAGGCUAACACAGGAAGUGAAAGGUACCAAAAAAGAAAGUUUAUUUUUAAAAAUUUCUAACUAGAGUAUAUUGAAAAGAAAAAUAAGAGCUUUAUCGUAUAUAAAAGUUUAAGGAAGAGCGACACUUGAGAGACGGGUUUAGAUUUAUUUUUUCAUCUCAUUUUAUAAGAAAAUGCAGUCUGAUUGGUUUUCUUCAACGUGUGAUGUUUGCUUUCCCCUAGUGGAAACGCAUGUGAGCACAGUGAACCCAGGGCGGGUGUGGACGAUGUGAGGGGAGGUGACAGGCACGCACAUGGCCGCAGCAGAGAUCCCCACUGUCUGUCUCUCAAUCCCACCACUGAGAGGGUGGGCUCUGCUUCCCCAGGAAAGGGAAACUGAGAACUCUGGGAAAACACACAUACACACACAAACACGAAAUUCAUUCCAACAUUCUACUCUAUGCAGGCAUUUGGUAAAGACCACCUGUAGGUAUUAUAGUUCCUAUGUAGGGUCUCGCCUGUUAAAAUCAUAACAAGCAAUAAACAAACUUCAUUUUGCAAAGAGAGCGUUUCAGGUUGCCACUGUUGUGUGGUAUUAUUAAUACAUGACCUAAUGUUACCGAAUGCAAAUUCAUGUGCUUGACGCACAGUGAGGCCAAACAAACCAAAACAUCAGAGUUUGGAUCAGAGAAAAGUUCAUUGCAGGGCUAAGCAAGAACGGGUAGCCCGUUCUCAAAAAUACCCCAAACUCCCCAAAGGUUUCAACAAAGCAUUUUUAAAGGCCAGGCGAGAGAGGGACAUUCCAGGGUCUGUGAUCAGCUCUGCACAAUUCUCUGAUGGUGAUCAAUCCUUAAGGCUCAUGAUCAUCAAGCAUUAAUUUCUUCCUACUGGUGGUGGUACCAGCAUCUGGAAAACUCAGGAAAUAUGCAUCAGAUACUAUAUCUACGUACUUCAGAGAGGAGCUAUAGCAGAGAAUAUGGGGGAGGGGUCUGUCCUGGGAAGACCCCAUAGGGUCCUGCUUGGUUACACUGACAGAACAUAUUCUGAGUACUCCAGGACACUUCCUCAUGGCAAGUCCUUUUAGACCCUGUGGAGGAAACAGCUGGGUGACCUUCAAGCUGCACUCUCGGACACUGUGACGUGGGCUACACCAGCUCCCUGCACCAAGAGGCUGGGCUGUUUAGGUUUUUGUCUUAUGAGUCAUUACUUCUGUCUCUAAACAGAGAAAAAGAGAAGGAAAAGAUUAUAAGAAUCCAAGGCAGUUGUAUAGCAUUUACUCUUCAGAACCCUCUCUUUGACUUUGCCGGCCAUUGUGAGUUGCCUGCUUGCUCAGCCUGGGGAUGUGAAGUGAGCAGGGUGUGCUCCUGCUUAGGAUUCCUGUGGCUGCCUGUCCCCGGAGCAGCGAUGUGCAGAGGUUGGAGGAUCUCAGGACUAAGUGGUUUCUGAGCACAGCAUGCCAGCAAUAAUGGCUGGUUACCCAGCAUGUGUGGCACAUUGCAUGUGACAGAAGAUGCACCUCAUCUGGUCAGAUGGAAAGGGAAGGCAGGCCUCAUGUCUGCAAGGCCAGAGAGAAGGUGGGCUCCAGGGCAAUUGAACAUGCAACUCAAACCUGGGCUUUCCCCUUUCUCCCUGCACGCAGCUUUCUGGGAUCAGCUUGAUCCCACGGCAGGCUCUGUUCUUGGUAAUGACAUGACUGGAACCAUCCCAGGACAUGUGCUCACAUCAUGCUCCAGAGGAGAGAGAGGGUGCCACUCUCUACAUCCUGAGCAGAGUCUUGGUUUCCUUGACCUCAUGCAGUUGCAGGACAGCCUUAAACCAGUUACUGGCAAAUUGUGAGAAUGUCCUGACGGGCUCCAGGCUGGAGCUGAGAGAGAGGUCAGCUUCCCUCCAAGUACCUGGGCUGCAUGAGUAGAUACUCAGGAAUUUCUGGGUCCUGUUAGUGGGGCAAGAGAGAAGAAGGAGUGGAGGGGCUUCAGCAGCCAGCAAUGCCCAGGACUGAAAGUGGUGCUGUCCUGGCCCACUCCCUCCCCCAAUGCCUGAGAUUACCUCAUGUUUUCUUAGAGCAACACAUGUGGAAAGAAUUUCCCUGGGAAGAUACACAACUCUACCAUUUCCUGAAUUAAGGU